CAUUUUAAUUACUUUUAAAAUAUUUCAUUUAAUUUUCGUAGUCUCACUUUAUGGUGCUUGAGCUUGUCUAUUAAACCCAUGUUCCCCACGCUCCAGUCCAGCAGGAGGCGCAAACGAGCCACGAAUCUGUUUGUCAUCCACCGCAAAAGUGCAAGAAGAAGGAUGCGAUGAACGCAACUCGUUUCUAGGCUGUGAUUGACUGGAUUGGUGCAUCAUCUAGGCCGUGAUGGAUGAAAACAAUGAGGACGAAGAACUGAAUGAAGCGAAGGAGAAACACCAUCCGGUCGAAACUGGAGAACAACCGGAGCCAAGGCCUAAAAAAUCUUUCGCCUGCCCUCAGUGUGGAAAGGCUUUCAACUUCAAACACAACCUUCAGGUUCACAUGCGAGUUCACACUGGAGAGAAGCCAUUCGUGUGCGAUUAUUGUGGAAAGCGUUUCAAAUACGAGAGAAACUUUCAAGAGCACCGGCGAACUCAUACCGGAGAGAGACCCUAUUCGUGUGUUCACUGCGGAAAGAGUUUUGCUAAUAGAAACACCUUUAAGAUCCACACCCGCAUCCACACUGGAGAGAAGCCUUUCGCAUGCUGUCUGUGUGAAAAGAGAUUCACGCAAGCAAGAGCUCUCAAAUCACAUCUGCAUUCUCACUCCGGAGAAAGACCGUUUCACUGCGAUCAGUGCGACAAAACCUUUCUUACAGCGCUAUCCCUGAGAAAGCACGCGAAAGUCCACACGCGCGAGAAACCUCAUGUGUGUUUGCUGUGUGGAAAAGCUUUCACAGAGCUUGGAUCUCUAAUCGUGCACCAGAAAAGACACGAGGGUCUGAAGAAUCACAUAUGUGGCGAGUGUGGGAAGUCGUUUAUUACAAAUAGCGAACUGAAAGUGCACCAGAAAGUUCACUCUGGAGAAAAACCUUUCCAGUGUUCGUACUGCGACAAGAGAUUUAAUCAAUCCGGACAUCUGAAGACACACGAGAGGAUCCACACCGGAGAGAAACCGUAUCCCUGCACUGCAUGCGGGAAGAGCUUCAGUCAGUUCGCGUCUCUCCUCAGACAUAAAGGCACUAAUAUCUGCAAUAGUUUUGACAAAACCUGAAAAUCGUAUGUAAAUAACUUCUAUCAACUGUAAGGUGUACAGUGACCCAGUAAAUAUGCUAUUUCCCGAUUUCUCAAUUGGAAACUGCAACAAUGAACAAAGUAAACUAGAAAUUAAUUUUGAUGAUCUCCUUGUCCAAGGGAUUCAAAAGUUCUGGUGCUGCAAAGUAAAAAACAAACAAAAAAGCAAGAGAGGAGGGAAACAACAAGGAGCUGGAACAUCAGAAAAUCAUCUUUAAAAACAAGGACAAUGAUCCAGUUACUUGGGAAAUCAUUUGGAGUUGCAAUCUUUAGCAAAUGUUCUAGAGAUAUUUUCGAUGCAUUUUGAACAUGUCCCCAUCUGGUGUUGUUCAACUUGUGGUUAGCAACAGUUAAAAGUGCCACGUGUGUAUAUAUAUACACAUCUUGUUUAAGUUGUACAACGGUUUUGCACGGCGAUGCAUUUUGCAGCAUACACUGUUUCGAGAUGGAACUUCUUGCUAACUGUUAUGCUAUCUUUUUAUCUUAUCUCAAGAAGUGUUGAUAUGUAGUUUAGAAACUGCGUUCUGCCUUUAAGGUGUCACAUUUAAGGCGGCACAACUGUUUAAAUUGAAGUAGAGAUAGACUCGCUUGCUGCUUUGAGAGAUGCUGCAAUUAUUCAUUUUAACUUCUGUUACUAUGAACUUGUUAACUGUGACAAAUGUCACACAUCCUGGCUUGGGUAACUAGAGCAGCCUAGGUUUGUGCUUGCAAAGAGAGUUAAGUGUGUGGGUGUUUGUGUUCACUAUGUUUGACAGAUAUGGAAGUUAGAAAGAAGGAGCCUUACCGUAUUAAGACCAUCCUUAAAAAUAUUCUUGUUUGCCGUAACCCGACCGACUCUGUCAAUUUAUGACCGACUCAAUUAUUAUUAUUCUUUUGCUUUUAGUCAGAUCGACUUGCCGAUUGGAUAUUUGCAUUAAGACCGAC